AGAUUCGCCGAUUUGAGUGACAGCAGUGAAAAGUGAUAAAGUGCGGGGACCGUAGUUAGUAGUUGCGUAGCGAAUUGCUUCUAAUUUUCCCGUUUAGCUUUCCGUUAUCGUCGUUCGGAUGUCAUCUCUGCGUGCCGAUGAUAAACAUAAAAGUAUGGAUAAAGGGAUAUAGACCAGCGCCAACAACUAGCUGGAGGAGGAAUCGGCAACAAGUUAGAAGCAGGCGGCAUUCAAGCUAAUACAGCAUGGCUUCGAGAAGCUAUACAGCCGUAAAUACCACUGAUCACGACUACACUGACACCGAAAUGGACGACAGAGAGAGUGUCUACUACGAUACAAUAUCUGUUGCUGGAUCAGAACCGAAUCGAAAAUCUUUGUCAUUAUCUCGUCAAACCAUCUAUCAUUCGGCCGAUGAUCUUCCAGGAUAUGAUCCGACACCAUCUCGAUUUGCAACUAAUAAUCGAAAUUAUUCAUCAAUUUUAACACCAACUAAGAAUUCCCGUAAUCCUAAAUCAAAUGAUAUCAACUCAACACCUUACUAUAGUCAUAUUGCUUUGGCUGGCGGUGAUUAUGGCGAUGGAGGUGGAGUUGGAGGAGGCGGAGGACGUGCAAUGUCGGAAUGUGAUGAGGUCUCUGCCAGCCUUCUCGAUAGUUAUAAUAGAGUUAACAAGAAAUUGCCAAUUACGUAUUCCCAGUGGAAAUCUAGGACAUGGCGGCGUUUCGAAGAUGGAGAAAGAUCCGUCGAUUUCAUAUUGGCGUUCCGUGGAAACGACAUAAAUCGAGAUAACAUUCGUACACGCCAAAUAUUUGAACGGAAUCUAGAGAAAGAAGGACUACAAUUGGAACGAGAGAAAACUCAAAAAAUUCACUUCAUCAAGAUUCACGCUCCAUUCGAUGUCUUGUGUCGGUACUGUGAAGUCCUUAAAAUGAAAAUGCCAAUAAAAAAGCUUAGGGAACAGGACAGUAUUUGCCAGCCAGAACUGCGAAUUAUGAAAGAGAUGAAAUCGUUCUUUGGUCGACCUUUUAAGUUUGUGAAAUUAGAUCGAAAUAUAUUUCCAGAAAGGGAUUAUUCUCUAAUGUUAGAAUAUUCUAGAAAUUAUAAUUUCUUAUUUGACGCCGAAAACCCCAAUUUCUUCAAUGCAGCAACACGAAGUAACAUUAUAAACUUCAUACUAGAGAGACAACGGUUUAGUGAAGAUGCAGAUAACCAUACAGACAUAGGAAUUAACAAAUUAAUUGAAGAUCAGGUUUACGAAGCGGCUUAUCCCUUGCAUGAUGGGGACGGCAUAGCACCAGGGAGUGAAAGAUAUAUAUUGCUGAAAGAAUGGGCUUCAAUAAGGAAAUGGAUUAAGCAUCAGCCGUUAGAUAACAUAAAGGAAUACUUUGGCGUGAAAAUAGCUCUAUAUUUUGCAUGGUUAGGAUUUUAUACACAUAUGCUUAUUCCAGCGUCAAUUGCAGGGUUAAUAUGUUUUUUCUAUGGACUGGUUAAUUUAGGGUCGGAUAAAAUGAGUGAUGAAAUAUGUAGUAAGAAUAAUACAAUAUUAAUGUGUCCACAAUGCAAUGCCAAAUGCGACUACUGGUACCUAAAUGAGACUUGCAUUUACUCGCGCAUUAGUUCCCUUUUUGAUAAUAACCUCACCAUUUACUUCGCCGUUUUUAUGUCUUUUUGGGCAACUCUUUACCUGGAGUUAUGGAAACGUUACUCAGUAAAUUUGAUACAUCGGUGGGGUCUGACUGACUAUUGUCAUCGAGCGGAACAUCCUCGGCCGCAGUAUCUAGCUCAAUUCCGCACACAAAAAAAGACCAAAUUCAACGAAAUACAUAGAAUAUUGGAACCAAACGUGCCUUUCUGGAAAGUCAAAUUUCCAAGAUAUCUGAUAAGUUAUUCGAUAGUGUUUUUGUUUAUAUGCCUUGCAAUUGCCGCCGUCUUCGGUGUUGUUGUUUACAGAAUGUCGACAAAUACCUCGCAAAAUAUCUAUGGGAACACAGACUCAAUGUCAUACAAAAUCAUGGUACUACCAGCGACAGCAGCUGUAAUAAACUUGGUUGUUAUUACAAUUUUAAAUUACAUUUACGACUAUUUGGCUGUGUUUUUAACUGAUAUCGAAUAUCGGCGGACACAAACUGAAUACGAUGAGAGCCUCACUUUGAAGAUAUAUCUGUUCCAGUUCGUCAACUACUACAGCUCCAUAUUUUAUAUAGCCUAUUUCAAGGGAAAAUUCGUAGGAUAUCCAGCCAAAUAUAAUAAAAUUUUUAGCUUCCGUCAAGAAGAAUGUAGCCCCGGCGGCUGUCUGAUGGAGUUAUGCAUUCAACUUGUGAUCAUUAUGGUUGGUAAACAAGCUAUAAAUGCCGUUAUAGAGAUGGUGAUACCAUAUCUGAAAAAAACUUUCAAUUCUGUGACGAGUAAAAUCGGUUUGUCAUCAGAACGGGGUGAAAAUUUCAAGUUAAUAUCAUGCAAUCAGUGGACACAGGAUUAUAAUCUAGUUCAAUGCGACUCAAGGGUGCUGUUUGAGGAAUAUUUGGAGAUGGUCAUUCAGUAUGGUUUCAUCACCCUGUUCGUUGUUGCGUUUCCGCUAGCACCACUAUUCGCGCUUUUCAAUAAUGUGCUGGAAAUGAGAUUGGAUGCAAAGAAAUUUUUGAUGUUUUAUAGACGUCCAGUAGCGCAACGAGUCAAGGACAUUGGCGUAUGGUACUAUAUUAUGUCGAUUAUCGGAAAAAUAUCUGUCGCAUCAAGUGCUUUCAUUAUUGCCUUUUCAUCGAACUUCAUUCCUCGACUUGUAUACGCGGCCGUCAAUUAUAAACAAAAACGUCCGAUGGAGUUCCUAAAUUUCACAUUGGCUUAUUUUGAUACAAAAGAUUUUCAGGAGGGAACGGAGCCAAUGAUUUCAGCUUUCGCAAACAUAACAUCAUGUCGAUAUCAAGAGUAUCGAAAUCCUCCUUGGUCUGAUCAGCCUUACAAAAAAACACAAAUCUACUGGCACAUACUUGCCGCUCGCCUAGCCUUCAUCGUUGUUUUCCAAAACAUUGUUGGAAUGGUGCAAAUGAUAGUUGCAUGGGCGAUCCCAGAUACUCCACGAAAAUUGCGUGACCGAAUCAAACGUGAAGAAUUCCUAACUCGGGAAAUAAUCAUCGAAAAUGAGACCCAUCGCAACUCAAAUGGACACCUAAAAGUAAGCGUGGAUGAUGUGGAAAACGGGAAUGUUUUCACCGAGAUUGACUUAGGUGGAGGGGACGAUAGCGAUGACAAGUAUGCUUUCCGCAGGCGGAGAAAUAAUCCUGAUGUAACUGGAGAUCGUACAACUCCAGUGUGAACUGUAAUAUGAUGUCUACAGCUACCUACAUGAAGAUGUUUAGUGUUUAUAGUUGUUAUUCGAAUACAGAUAUAUGUAUGUUUCUUGAUGUUGAAUAAUUUAUUUGGAGCUUCCGAAAAGGAGGUCAGAGUAUAUAUUUCUCUGUAGACUAAAGACAGUAGCCUGAUGUAAAGAUUAGCAAUUCUAAAAUUUAAGCGAAUUUAAGUAUCCAUUAUGUAUACAGGAACAAUGAAAAAGUCAUGUUAUUGCCACGUUAUUUAAGGGAAUGAAACCGGACUAAGCUUUACAUCAGGAUCUGCUGAUGACUUACACGUAAGUAUAAUGUACGAGGUGUCAAAAAAGAAAAAUGAAUUGCCAGUUUUCCGAACUUUGUUCAAAACAUAAUGUUAUGUAAAAAUUUAAGUCACAUUUUGCCGGCAAACGAUGUAAUGAUUCCUACUCCAACAAAACGGUAAUUGGUUAGCGAUAAUCAUUAAUUAAUGAAAUUAUUUUCGAGAUAUGCUGGUUUUCCGAAAGAAUAGAAAGAAAAUACACUCAAUACUCAGUAAAACAUGCAUUUAACAAUAUAACUCAAGUUUAAACUACGGAGGUUAGAAAAGUUACGAAAUUUUUUUUCUCUAAAUCGAUAAGAAGCGAACUUUAAUCAUUUUAUUUAAAAAUUAUAUUAUUUCGUUUCGGGGGUACUUUCGUACUACCACGUUAUAGUUUAGAAAAACGUAUAUUUUUUCAAAUAUCAAUUCACAUUAAUUUCUAUUCAAGAUGUUCUGAUGUUAUUAAUGAUGGUCGGCUACCAAAUGUUAAUUUGUCAGUAAUUGCCCGUUUUAAUUUUUAAUAUAUUUCUCCAACAAUUUUGUGUACAGCGCCUGAAAAGGACCUCAUAUGUAUGCAUGUUUAUUAUGUAUUCCACUGUUAUGCUUACUUGAAUCUUCCUGAAUAAUCCUUUAUUUGCACAGAUAACUCAAUAGUACUUACGGAGAGUCGAAAAUUAUAAUAGUUCAAUGGAUGUGUAUAUGAAAAACAACAAAUUAACCAUAGGAGAAAUAAGUUGUAAAUACGAAGUUAUGAUAGCUUUUUAUACUCAAUAUCAAAAUCUCACACACUUUUGUGCCUUUAAUGCUAACUCUAAAUAUUUCCUAUAUGAAAACAUCAAACAGUCGAACAUUACAGAAGAGAGACCAUGCCCUAAUGAAAAUAGUUUUAUUUAUACUUUUAUAUAUCAAUUUAUUAUCCAAUAGGUUGAAAGUGAAACAUAUUCAAUCUGCUCAAUAAAUUAUGAUUUUUAUUUGUA